AAUAAACCAGCCUUGUCCCUCUAAUGGCUCUAGCUAACUGAGGCCUCAAGCGAGCUGAGGCAGAGACACGAGAGGGAUAUCCUUAAGUUCUGUUGAUUCAGCUUUGUGUGCGCACGUCGUCCAGGUCAGGAGGAACGCAUGUGCUUCUUUGGUGUUUAGCGGCGAAGCACAGACAACAAGGAUUGUGACUGUUUGGACAGCAGCUUUGGCUUUCUUCCCGUAAUGAGCUUGAGCUUUGUUCUUAACACAGACCUGGAAGUGAAAGUAGUCUGUGUCAUAACAGGCAGAAGGAUGUGGUUUAGGACAAGAGUCGCCAUGAAACAGCCAGCUCAAUCUUCUCGUGCUGUAAAAACGUGUGAAUGGACCUAAAGGAACGAUAACGUCAGGUGGAUCCGAUUAGGCAGCGUUGCGGUAGGUCAAAUUAGACUCCUCACUUCCACAUUCUAAUGAGGCCACGGCGAUGCUGACACCCUCUCUGAAUCCAAAGAAAUCAUCAUGCUGAAGACGGAGGCCUCGGGGGAGAGGACCUGCCUCCGUAGUGCCUCCCCCCACCGUAAUGCCUACCGGGCUGAGUUUCAGGCGCUCAAGAAGGCCUUUGACCAGCCUCGGAUCGAUGGAAACUCCAAGCCCAAAGACCUACAACGGGUGAAACAACCAAGAGGCCGGCAGUAUGGCGGCCAUGUCAGUCGCAUUAAGGACAUGUUCAUGCAGUUGGGCUCAGAAACUGUCCCGGCCAAGGAUUGUGAGGAUUCAUCACCGCAAAAAAUGGUCAAGCCCACCAACUUCAUCAACAAGGCCGAUGGAUCAGUGAUAAAACUCCAGCAUUCCUUAUCAGCUGACAAGAUUGGAGGUGCUGGAGCAAAGUUCUCUGAAACCAGGAAGCUGUUUGAGCAGCAGUCACGUGACCAGUCCCAAUCUCCAGUCUUUCCAUACGGACGGGAUAAAAGAGGUUCCCAUGAGAACCUGGAUGACUGGCGAGGUGCAAGGUCUAAUCGAGGCAGCACCGACUCCUUGGACUCACUUUGCUCCAGAACAGAGGCGUCCUCGCCAACUGUCAGUCAACUGAGUGCCGUUUUUGAAAAUUCUGACCACCUCAACCACGGUGCGCCCUACAAAGGAGUCAGCAGACGGGCCCUCUACUCACCGGACGGAUUCCACCGCCAUGGAGGUGAUGUUAGUGAAGAUGAUUCAAGACAAUCUCCAGUUCGUGGAAGCUACCGGAGCAGGACAGGGGGAACGUUUCCAACAUCCUUGUCUUCUGAAGACCUCCUGAGCCCCAGUCCUGGGACAGAGACUUCGGAGCGUAAACCAGAACCACAAAAGGAAGAUGCCCAGGACAAAGCUGUCAAUGCUGAGACUAUGGGCAGUGAUGGACGCCGUCUUUCUGGUGUCACCACCAAUGGAAGCCAGGUCAAUGGUUCAUAUGAAGAGGAGGAGAAACCUUCAGAAACAAGAAAACACACGGAGGAUCUAGGGGUGUCCAAAGAUUCAAAACCUACAGAUGAUGAUAAUAUUACCCACAAAGCUUUUGAAGAUGCAUCCCCCGAGCCACUGCCAACCCCAACUACAGCUGCUGGAGAAAGCCAGGAGGAUGGGGAUGGUUCAAGAGAAGACAAGUCCUCUAAAUCUCCCAAAGACCAGGUGGAAGAACCUGAUGAGGAAUACUUUGGGAAUGAGCGGGUGAUUUUUAACGCAGACGGGGACGCCUGUUACCAGGGUUGGGGGGAAAGCUGCACGGAUCCUGAGGAUGACCUCUACGGAGACGAUGAGGAUAUUGUCUACGACCCGGGCUGUGAUCUGACAGAGAUUCCUGGUCUACCACACGAAAACAAAGAGGACAUCCCUCAAAAGAGGAAGAUUCGUUUCAGCACUGCCCCCAUAACAGUUUUCAACACCUACUCAAACGAGGACUAUGACCGUCGUAACGAGGAGGUGGAUCCCGUGGCCUCCUCCGCAGAGUACGAGCUGGAGAAGAGGGUGGAGAAACUGGAGCUCUUCCCUGUGGAGCUGGAAAAAGAUGAAGACGGCCUGGGGAUCAGUAUUAUCGGGAUGGGUGUCGGCGCUGACGCAGGUCUGGAGAAACUGGGCAUCUUCGUCAAGACCGUCAUCGAGGGCGGAGCCGCUGAGAGGGACAGCAGGAUCAAGGUGAAUGACCAGAUCGUGGAGGUGGAUGGGACCAGUCUGGUGGGCGUCACCCAGAGCUUCGCUGCCUCCGUCCUCAGGAACACAUCGGGAGUGGUCAGGUUUGUGAUUGGCCGAGAGCGUCCGGGCCAGCAGAGUGAGGUGGCCACGCUCAUCCAGCAGACCUUGGAGCAAGAGAGGAGACAGAGAGAGCUGCUGGAGCAGCAGUACGCCCAGUAUGAUGCUGACGAUGACGAGCAGACAGGAGAGUACGCCACAGAUGACGAGGAUGCAGGGACGACGGUGGCAGGCGAGGACAAGAGCAUCGAGGUGUUUGACUUGCCGGAGUCGGAGGACAUCUUGUCUCCCUCGGAGUUAGACGCCACUAAACUCUACCAGAAGUUCAGAGAGCUCCAGAUCAAACACACAGUGACCGAGGCCGAGAUCCAGAAGCUCAAAAACAAGUUAACGUCAGUGGAGAGGGAGAAGCAGCGCUGGGAGAAGGAGAAGAGCCAGCUGAAGGCCAGCAUCGAGGAGAACAAGGAGAGGAUGCUGAAGCUGGAGAGUUACUGGAUCGAAGCGCAGACGCUCUGCCACACGGUCAACGAACACCUGAAGGAGGCGCAGGCGCAGUACCAAACUCUGGAGAAGAAGUACAACAAGGCCAAGAAACUCAUCAAAGACUUCCAGCAGAAAGAGGUGGAGUUUAUCCAGAAGGAAGAUGUGGAGAGGAAGCGGCUGGAAGAUGCUGAGAAAGCUCACCUGGCUGAGAUCCAGGGACUGCAAGUCAGGAUCGCAACAUUAGAGUCCGAGCUAAUGCAGCUGAUGAAGCAGAACGGCAUCCAGGUCAACAACAACAACAGCAACAGUGCUGAGAGGCUCAGCGCUCAGCAGCCGAGCCCCAAAAGGGUCGCAGCAAUAGCCAGAGACUUGAGGGAGGGCUCUCCCCACUCACCCAGCAAAAAGAAGAGCAACAGAGGAGUCGCCCGAGACAGCAUCAGCUCCACAGAGGGAGAGGUCUCUGAGGGACACGGCAGUCCAGCCCACAGCCGCUCUGGUUCGAUUCGUAGCGUGGCCUCUUGUGACGCAGAAAGCUCCCCCAGACGAACACUGCUCCCGCAGUCGAGCCCUUCUCACUGUGUGGAGGAACACAGACAAACAAUGGAUCCUGGGAACACUGGAGAGCAGGACAAAGAUCCCUCACCUGGAAACAGCUCCACAGAGCCGUCACCAGAGGACAGUCCAGAGAAACUCAAGCCCAAGGGCCCCGCUCUGAGCGAUGAUCUGAGCGCCAGCAGCAGCAGCUCGGUGGAGAUCAGCGGCCUGCUGAGUGAAGCCAAGAUGUCGGGACGCUCACACACACUGGCGCUCUCCUCAGAUGAGAGUCUGGAUAUGAUAGAUGAUGAGAUCCUAGACGAGGGACAGUUUUCGAAGCAGUAUCAGUGGCAGAACUGCAGCAUCCCGGAGUGGACCUCCCAGCAAGUGGCCCGCUGGCUCAUGGGCCUCAACUUAGAACACCACAUCCCAGAAUUCACUGCCAAAAACAUAGACGGAGAACAGCUGCUACAGAUGGAGAGUCCUGAGCUCAAGGCCCUUGGAGUUGCUUCUUCCCAGGACCGUGCCCUGAUCAAGAAGAAGAUUAAAGACCUCAAACUUCUGAUGGAGAAGGCCAAGAGGAACCGAGAGAAAGUGGAGAAACAGCGCGAGAAGCUACGGAAGAGGGAGCUGGUGGAGCAGCAGAAAGAGGCGCGCAAAGAAAGCGCGGCAGAGUGAAGUGAAUUGUUAGAUCACCUCCCGCUUUACUGUAGCACCACGCCGCGUAGCAUCUCCAGGAAGAGAACGUCAGUAGGCCCCACAAAUGAACCCUGAGGGACACCUGCUCUGUAGUUCAAUAGUUCUCAGUGGUGGAGCUACACACCCAACUGUCGGAGAUUGUUGAGUGACUUUUUCACCAAGCAAAUCAAACCAAAAUGAGCAGUUGGAUAAUAGGAUCCUGCCCCGUUCAUUUGCCUCCUUUUGCACCCAUCCUGUGUUUGUUAGCCAUUUAAGAUUUCACUCAGUUCUAUUUAUUUUGCUGUUAAUUGCUGUAAAUUAGGUUUAUUUAUUCAUAUGCAGAGUAAGUCUGUGAAGUUAAUCUCUCUCCUCAUGCCGUAUCAUCUUCAGAGCCGUCUGCGUUAUCCAUCGAAGACAUGUCCAUGUACAGUGAUGAAUACAGAUGCUAAUAUGUCUGAUGUGCCAUUUUGAAAGACUUAUCUAUAUCCUGUUCAUAUUCAAUGAAAUCGCUCUGUUGCUUUGCCGAAGCACAUACAAGGUCAGGCCUGUGUGGUGGACUAUAUGAUGCAGUACUCAUCUCCCACCACUGGGUGUCACCAGGCUGCUUACUUUCACUACUGAAGGUGGCAACACCUGAACUUUGAAAUAGGAACUGAAGCGGGAAGCAAGUUUCAUUGGGAGAAACAAACUCUCUCAGUACUUGCAAGAACACUGGAAGUGCAAACACUGUAAAGUUAACCUCUGCACUGGCGUGUCCAAUGCUGCUUACAGUAUACAUGUACCCAUACAAGGCAGUUCACAAAGUAUGAAUGACGAAAAAAAAAGGACAUACUGUAACUCAUUGAACUGGCUCUAACGGAGACUUCAGGUACAAUGUAAUCAUGGAAUUUGUAAUUUACCAAACCUGUACCACAAAAACAAACUACAAAAAAAAUGUUAAAAUGAAAUGUCCUGCUUAUAUGCAUAAUGUUGCUUUGACACCGCUUGUAACCUGCUUUUGACCUCUUUUUAUAUUCUCUCUCAAUAACAAAGUAAUACCCCGCCGCUGCCUUUAGAAAUUCUAGAGAAGUAGAAUUUUUCUGAACUCUAUCCGCUUCUGUGUGAGUGUCGAAACACAUACUAAGCAUUAAAAAAGAAGAAAAAAAAUGUCUUUCAUAAAAAAAUGACAGGUCAAAGUUCACCAUGCAAAUUACUUUGGAAUAUUCUGAUCAAUAUUAAGGAAUGCUGCCAUGUAGACGAGUCAUCUCUGUGAUGGAGGACAGAUAUAAUCGCACUCUUUACUCUGGAAAUUGCACCUAACAGAUGCAAUGUAGUUUUAAUUUUCCUAUAAAACUGGUUCAGUAAGACUUAAAACAAAUAUACACCUUUUUUGAAAUUAUUUUGACAUGUGUACUUUAUGCAAUUCUUGUUUUAGGAUUAUGACGCUCACUGAGAGACGUGCUCCCUGUGUUACUUCUUUAGCAUUCCCGAGAAUCAUUCCGUAGGUUUACAGUAAAUAUAGAAACACCAGUGUCACCGUGAUUGAAACAAAGGCAGCUUUGGUUGUGAUUCCCUUUUGUCUCAAGGGCCCCGCCUGGUGUACUGUUAACAGGUUAAAACGAGAAGAAUAGUCUGGGUUACAAUGCCACAGUAAUACAGGUGAUCUGUUAAUGUUAUUAUUUAUUUAUUUCUGUAUUUAAUGAAGCAACUGACUACUGUUUAUGAUACCUUAUACAAAACAUAAGAAUACUAUUAACACCUAACGUUGAUUUAUCAAGAAUUGUACAAAUUACUUCCUAUUGCCAAAAUAUAAGUAAACCUGCUUAUUAAAAGUGAUAUUAGUUUCCAAUGGUUGUUAUCAAAUGAAGGAUUUAAAGAUGCAGUAAUGCUCCCCCAUCGUGCUUGUGGUUCUCCUCUUAACACAACCAUAGUGCUGCUCCAGUGCAACUCCAAUAAACUGCUCAUGAUGUAUUCUUAUGGAAUAUUUUGUAACACUUGAACCUUUCUGUGAAUACCCCCCCCAACCCCCACCCCCCACCCCUGUCAAGUCAGUCCGCCGACUGCACUCUUUUGACUCUUUUGUAUGUAUAGUAACAACACUGAGAGCAAUACGCUGUACGAAUCCUAAAGCCUUGUUUUCUAUCGUGGAAGUGUGUUUGUCUGAGGGCUGAGGACGCUUAAAGGUCACACCUGAGGCCAACAUGUGACUUUGGAUCUUUUCUAUGUGUUUGACUGAGCUUGCCUAGGCAUGAUGAAACCAACGUGUGGAUGAGACCCUGGUGCUCCUGGCAGGCGUUUGAGUCGUGUCCUGAAGGGUUUGUCUUUCAUGUACGUAGAGAGCAAAAGAUAAUCACCACAAACUGCUAGCCAUUGCUUUCACUCUUUUAAAAAGCUGUGCUUGUUCUCCUCUUCCUCCUCCUCCUCUUCCUCCCUUUUUUGUCAUUACCUUGCUCUCUUUUUCGCAUUGUGAAAAGUUUGAAAGGGCAGCUACCUGUCACACUGAAUAAAAUGUGCGGUCACUGUCCA